AUGGCCACGUGCCGUCCGAUCCUAUCCAUCUAUGCCAUCUACGCCUAUGUCUUGGUGUAUGCCAUGCGGCUGGAAGAGGGAGCUGAUGAUCUAGAUGCAGCGUCAGUGACAGGGGCAGGAAUUUUCACAGGUUUCGGGCACAGAGAUGCAGUGAACCACCUAAGUUCGACGCCUGCCUUGGUGGGUGAGCGAUUUUCGGCUGAGCAGAUGCAAGAUCAACUCCUCGAUAUUUUGAACAAGAGUCAGUUGAGCCAGGAGAUGAUGCGUGAAUUGCCCAAGCCCAGCUUCAAGGAACCGAAGCAGACGUACAUCCAUUUCCUGAACGAGGCCUUGCGAAAAACCUCGCAGACGUCUUCAGUGGCCAAGGCCAGUUCAGUGAAGGGCUCCAGACGCAAAAAAAAAGGCCAAGGCCACUCCAGUGAAGCGCUCCAAACGUCUUGCACAGUCCUGCCGGAAGCAACUGGGCGGUUUGCUUGCAAACCUCAUCAGCGCCUGUGA